UUUGUUUGUAUCAGUACAAUUAGUCAGGUGAGAAGAAAGCAAGAUAAGUUGGAGCAGUAGUUUCAGAUCAAGAAUGUGAUGAAGAUGAAUGAAGAAAAGAACACGUUUCUUGGCGUAGCCUGUGCGCUGCGGAGAUGCCAAUUCGUCGAGCUCAGUGCCAGAGAGAGAGAGAGAGAGAGAGAGGUGCAGCAGCGGGUGGUGCUGUUGGGAAAGGAGAGAAGCAAAAGUGAUGGGUUGAGAAAAGGCUGCAGGUGGACAAGUAUGAAUCAAUGGCGACUGCAUCGACCACCACCUGGGGCUGGUUCUGCAGUGACCAGAGGAUACGCCCCUCAUCAUUCCUGAUGGUGGAGUGCUCAAAGGGUUAAUGAGGCAGCCAAUCUGUGUGCUCGAGGCCAGGUUGGAGGAUUUAUCGCAGAGGUGGCCGUGGCUUUUGUCAAAGCGCCAUCAUUUGCUCACGUAUAAUUGUACUGGGAAUCCCUGUUUAGUCUUGAAGGAUGCACCCGGCUUUGGUGUAGCAAGGCGGAGAAGAAGAUGGUCCCCGGUCACCAUGGCUGUGUUCCUCAGGGGAUUGGGAGCUCCCACCCAUUCCUUCUUCUUUAUUGCCCCCCCUUGUCUCUUUGCUCUCCGUAUCACGACAUGUUUGUGGUUGGUUGUCAGGUCACAGCUUUGGGGAAGGAAGUUGACGAGUCUUUUCCUCCUCCGCCUCCUCCUCCUCCUGCUGCUGCCGCUGCUUCGUUGCUGCAAGGGGGAACGGCACACACGCAGAGUGAGAGAGAGAGAAAAGUGGAUGCGACUUUCUCAGGCAACAGCUUUUAGCUGCGAAGAUGAUCUCGAUAUCUUGGCAUAGGAGGAGAUGUGAUUCCUUGUGGCGCUACCUCGAUCUCUCUCUCUCUCUCUCUCUCGUCGCCCUCCGCGUUCCUCCACGCCCAAACAAACGCGGACUUUUGGUCGUCCGUUUCAUGGCGUUCCCUUGUCCAUCAAUCCCGACUCAAUUCGCUCGCCGUUGG